AUGUCAACUCAGCGCAGUACAGGCGCAGAGCGUGCUGUGGAAGCUCUGAGAUCUGUUCUCUCAUCUGGGGGUGCUACAGUGAAUGGCCAAGUGGUCCAAGACGAAGAAGGCUUAUUCAACGUAAUUGACAGCGAUGGUCGGGGCAUGUUGGAGCGAGAGCAAGUACUCACCGGCUUGAUGCAACUCGGCUUGGGACUGGAUGAUGAGUUGAGACAGCUUGUCUCAUCAAUGGAGGUGAAUGCGGACCAGUGUGUUGAAGUUGCUGCCUUCGUGCGAGCCGUGAAGCCUGCGGCACAAAGAGCAGCUAGCCUGCUGUUCCAGCACCCGCGCAAGGACGAGCUACGGGCCGUGGUGGUGGCUGUAAACGAGAAGCUCAAGCAAGGCAUCACAAUCUCGGGCUCCAAGGUCAAGGACGUCAACGGCUUCUUCAAGGCGCUGGAUGUGGACAACACGCGCUCUCUCACAAAGGCAGAGAUCUCCAAGGGGUUCAAGAGAUUAAAGAUCUCAAUUUCUGAGAAGUUGCUAGAAGAUCUGGUGAAUGCUGGUGACGUGGACCGAAGCAGGAGAACAGAAUCAAAGGAAUUCGUACGGUUGUUGGAUCCAGCCUCAUGGACAGACCCGGAUGGAGGUCCGGAGGAAGAGCGUGCGCAAAGUGAAAAGGUCCUAAAAGAAGUUACCGGGAAGAUCAAAUUCACGUUAAAAGCCGGAGGACGCACACUGUACGGCAAACGGGUCACAGAUGCUCGGACUUUCUACGAGGCAGUGGACAGAGACGGUAGUGGUGCCCUCGAGAAGGACGAAUUGUUCCAGGGAUUGCAACGUCUCGGUGUGACAGUUCCGGAGUAUCAGAUCGUGGUGCUCAUCAAUGCGCUGGAUGGCAACAAGAGCGGCCUGAUCGAGCUGCCUGAGCUGGUCCUGCUCUUCGAACCCACUGCCGACCCUGAGCAGCUCAAGGAAGAGGAGGCCCAACGCCUGUCCCGCUUACAAGCAGAGCGGCAAGCGUCACUUCCCAGUGAGGACGAAAUCCAAGCACAGAUUGCCGACGUUGUUGCCCAGAUCACGGUGCAGAUGCACACAGAGCAAACAUUGUUCGGACAGACCAUUCAGGACGCAAAAAGCUUUUUCAAUGCGCUUGAUCAUGAUCGGACAGGAGCACUGGACAGGGGCGAGCUAAAGCAAGGCCUGAAACGUCUUGGAAUAGCUAUGCCAAGCUAUUUGUUGGAUGCCUUGCUGGUGAAAAUGGACACGAACCAAAACGGACUUAUCGAGAUGAAGGAGGUGCAACGCACGUUCCGUCCCGAGCCUCUUGACGAGAGCAAGGUCAAGGAGCUCCGUCGUCGGUCCAUCGAGCUGGGUCUCACACUGCGGGAAGCCAAUGCCGUGUCCCCUGAAGAGUUGCAAGAGCUUUUGGAAGGUGAUGACCUGGCAUCUCCGGCUUCAGGGGAUGCCAUCGCAGCGCAGCUCAAGCGAGAACUCCUGGAGAAAGAACGGCUUCUGGAGGAGGCCCGAAAGGAAAUCGAGCGGGAGAAGGCCCAGCGUGCCGCAGAGGCAGCAGAACGCCAAGCAGCCAAAGUGCUCGAAGAAGCCAAGGCAAAGGACGCCUUGGCAGAAGAACGCAAGGCCGAGGCUUUGGAGCGGGCGGCCAUGUGGAGGGAGGAGCAGGCUUUGCUUCGGGAGAAGCGGCUGCAGGAGAGGAAGGAGCUGGAGGAAAGGACUCGAAUGGAAGCUGAGGAGAUGCACAUGCGACGCAUUGUCCUGGAAAAGGAGAAGCGGCUGCGAGAGAAAGAGCAGCUGGCGAAGCGAAUAGAAGAAAUGGAGGAGCGACAACGGGAGAAGUAUGCAUCGAGGAUUCAAGCACUCUGGAGAGCAAAGAAAGUGCAACGCGCCAUCGAGGCACAGAAGAAAUUGGCGUUUGAACAGAGGAGACAAGGUCGUGUCGUCAGACAACUGGAACGAGUCCAAGCAAGGAAGCGAGUGGAGGAGCUCGAGAAGAGGAAGAAGGAAGGUGCAGCAGUCCUGAUUCAGAAGCUUCAGCGAGGUAGACUGGCUCGAAGGAACUACGACAAGGAGCGGCGUGUUGUGGAAAUGAAGAAGCAGAAAGAGGAGUUUGUGAAACGAAUUGAGUGGGCGGAGGAAAUAAAACGCAAACAGGCCGCCAUCAAGAUUCAGCGCAUGCGUCGCUCGCAGAUGGCGCGCCGUUCUGUCUUGGAAGAGAUCAGACGCCUGAAGCAAGAGAAGCUGGAGAGGAAGCGGCAGCUUGCGAUGGACAAGGCGAAGGAGAGAAUUGCCAUUGAGCAGAGGAUCAAGGAAAUGGCAGAGCGACGCAAGGCAAAGGCAGUGACGUCGAUUGCAAAAGUCUGGCGUGGCUACAAAGUCCGGGUCGAGACGGCGCGGAUCAAACAGGCCCGUGCGACAGCUGCGCGACUUCGGGAGCAGCAGCGCUUGGAGGCCAAGGCUUUGAGGAAGCGCGAGGAAAGGAUCGAGCAGCGGCGCCGGGCGGAGGCGGAGAGACGCCGGCAGGAGGACCUGGCUAAAAAGAUCGCAAGAGAUUUGGAAAGGAAAUGGCAAGACAAGGCCGCCAGAAAGAUUCAAGCAGCACGACGGGGUCAGCUCGAGAGGCGUCAGCAACUGCGUCUUAGAGAGCUUGAGAAGAAGAGGAAGGUGGCCGAACGAAACGAAAAGGAUCGGGCUCAGCGAGCCGUCCUGGCAGCUCAGCAGAAGGAUCAAAAAGCAAAGCAAUACAUGCGAGAGCGAGAGAUCCUUCGCAACAAGUGGGAGGAUUUAGAGGAAAAGAGACGUCAACAAAUCAUGGAGAAGAUCCAGGCCGUUGUGCGAGGAUUCAUGACCCGACGCAAAGAGAAGAAAGAGAAACAAAGGCGUCGUGAGGAGCGCGAUGCUGCAAGAAGGGGUCGCGAACUUCGUCGCAAGGAGGAAGAAGAUGCACGCAAGAGGGAGCAGCUCUUGAAGGACCUGGCAUGGAUCAACAAGAAAUUGAAGGAAAUGGAGGAGAAGCGCCGCUACCGCGCUGCCGUCCGCAUCCAGGCGUACAUCCGCGGCACUCUCUGCCGGUUCAGUUUCAGGAAGGAACUCAAGGAGAAGCGAGCCAACGAGGAGGCGGAAAGGAAGCGAAAGAAGGCGAUGUUGGAGGAGGCGAAGAGACAACGAAUUCAGAGGGAGGAAGCAGAACGCAAGGAAGCUCUGCGAAAAGAGAUCGCAGCCACGAAGAAGAAGCUCGAUGAGAUGAAGAUAAAGCGCCGUAAGGUUGCGGCGACGAAAGUUCAAGCCGUCCGGCGGGGCCAGCUGGCAAGGCGAGAGUAUCGCCGAUACAAGGAGGCAAAGCGGAAGGAGGAGGAAGAGAAGCAAAGGGAGGACAGAUGGCGCAAGGACCGGGAGAAGCAGAAGAAGGAGGAAGAUGCCUACUUUGAACGUGUUCGGGAGCAGGAGAAGAUCAGACAGCAGCGGAAGCGCGAAGUCGAGCACGCUCGCAAGCGAUACGAGCGAUUCCAGGAGUACCAGCUGACCAGGGCUGCUCUUAUGAUCCAAGCAGCACGCCGGCUGCAGCUGGCAAGGCGUAGAGUGGUUGAAGAAAUGAAGAAAAUCAGAGACAAGCUUGAAGCAGAACGGCAGGAGAGAAGACGGCAGAAGGCCAUUGAGAAGGCCAAGAUAGAGCGACGUCUAAAAGCAAUGGAAGAGAAGCGGCGCAAUGAUGCUGCCAUGGUGAUUCAGGCACGUCGUCGCCACCAAGUGCAAAAGCGAGCACUGAUCCUGGACAAGCAGCAGAGGGCCAUGGUGAAACGAAACCUUCGAGGAGCAGCCAUGAGGGAGCUCUUUGCUGAAGGAGAAGUGGCUGCUGCCGCAGCGGCCCCGGGGCCAUCGCAAGUGCCGGGACAGUGCCCCUCGCCAGGUGCAGCCGGACCGCCCUUCGGAGCGGCUCCGUGUCAGCUUCCCUUGGCCACACAGGCUGUGCCUCAAAUGGCCACCAACACUAGACCACUUGCGCAGUCCUACAGCCCAGUCCAAGCUGACGGAGCUACAUCUGCCCUGUCGGAGUUCGGGGAGAGCUAUUUUCCUGAGUUCGGUCGCAGCCCGGAACACACAUCUCAGCCGUCCCAGCUACCGGCCGCUUGUCCCUUCGGAGCCCAGGCCCAGCCUAUGCCAGCACACAUGACAGGAAACAUGCCAGGGACAGCAACCAGCUUUCAACAAAGCAUGGGCAUGCCGGGCAUGCCCAUGCAAGAGCAGACGCCUCCAGGCUACAGAUCUGGAGCUGUAUCGCAGGCAGAUCCUCGAAGUGCCCAGAUGAGCUUGCAAAGGCCAGGCCAGCGUUAUCUCUUGACAUGUUGCUGUGCCAGUGGGCCUGAUCCCCACUAG